AACGACCAAGUUGGGAGAAUGUCUACAUCGUUCCAUAUUUUGAUUUUAAAUGGCUGAUUUUAAUCUGUCAUAUAAUUUUUAUAGGACAGUUUUACCAGUGAAUUAUUACAUUAAUAAUUAACCUGUGCUAAUCCCGACGCAACCCAAACAUCACAAUGGAAAACGACAUGGAAAUCGUGUAUGGAACUAACGAGGACUCGCCCAGUGUGAUGUCUGAACGAGUGUCAACCCUUGCCAGCAGCGUAUACAAGGAAUUUGAGCGAAUGAUACAAAAAUAUGACGAAGAUGUAGUUAAAGAAUUGAUGCCUCUAGUCGUAAGCGUCUUGGAGAGUUUAGACCUAUCAUAUCAGGACAAUCAGGAACAUGAAGUUGAACUGGAAUUGUUAAGAGAAGACAAUGAGCAGCUGGUCACACAGUAUGAACGAGAAAAACAACUAAGAAAAGCAUCAGAGCAGAAAUACUUUGAAGUCGAAGAUGCAAUCGAGGAGGAGACGAAGAAGCAGGAGGAGAAGGUGGAGUUGCUUGAAUCUUUUGUCCGCAUGCUCGAGCUCAAGGGAAAGAACGCGUCGGACCAUGUGGCACGGUUGGAUGAGAAGGAGGCUGAUGCAAAGCGAGAGUAUAGCACGCUACAUGACAGAUACACCGAGUUGUUUAAGACUCACAUGGACUAUGUGGAGAGAACAAAGUUGAUAAUGAGCUCAGAGAGGAACGAGCCGCUGGUUAGUCCGGGAGUGAGAAACAGGCAGCAGGGCUUUAGUUUUGCGCCUAGAUCGCCGCAGGUGGCGCCGGCGGUGGGGGUGGUGUUGGUGCACGAGCGCCAGCGCAGCGGGAGCCCGUCCUCGCUGGACCAGGAGUCACUGCGCUCGCCCCGCGGCUACGGCAUCAACCUGGAGUCGGAGAUAGAGGGCGCUGGAGACAAUCAGAAGAAGGAAAUCGCCACCGAGGACAAGUCUCAGCUGACCGAUCGGAUAGGUCAACACGACAUGUCCACAGGUUGGACGGACAGCCUGACGGAUACCCUGUCUCCUGAUCCGGAAGUGACCAUGUUACCCGAGGAGACCCAGCGGCCCGUCUGUAACCCUACAAGGUGCACGGAUUCGUUGUUCUCGGAGCUGAGCUUUCAGGAUUCCGACGUGAUCGGUCUAGUCGAUGAAGGUGCUGACAUCACAGGUUAUCCGGUCAACACUGGUGACUACGCAUCGUCCGACAGUGGCGAAUCAGAUGUCAGCGACACAUUCUUCGGUAUGAGCAAAGAGGUGGAGAAUCUCAUUCUAGAAAAUACAGAACUACUGGCUACAAAGAACGCGCUCAACAUCGUGAAGGACGACCUCAUCGCGAAGGUGGAUGAGCUGACGAGCGAGCAGGAGAUCCUGCGCGAGGAGAUCCGCUCGCUGCAGGAGAUGAAGGGCCGCCUGCAGGCGCGCGUGCACGAGCUCGAGGCAGAGAUGAGGAAGCUGAAGGAGGCCGCCGACAAGAACGCCAAGGGCAACAUGGGCGAGGACGAGGACGACGUGCCGAUGGCGCAGCGUAAGCGCUUCACGCGCGUCGAGAUGGCGCGCGUGCUCAUGGAGCGCAACCAGUACAAGGAGCGGCUGAUGGAGCUGCAGGAGGCCGUCAGGUGGACGGAGAUGAUACGCGCCUCCAAGCUGGACCCGACGCUCGAGACCAAGCGCAAGUCGUCCAUCUGGAAGUUCUGCCUGACGAGGCUCGCGGCGGCGACGCGCGCGCAGCAGGGGCUGCGGCCCGCCCCCGUGUCAAGGUCGCGCAUACCGAAGGUCGUGUCGACGCCGACGGGCGCCACGAACAAACACGAACACACGAUGAGGGAGAAGGAGGCUGAGCAGCACUCGAGCUCCUCGCUCGUCUGGAUCUGCACGUCGACGUCGCAAGGCAGCAAGGCGGCCGUCAUCGACGCCAACAACCCCGCAGACAUCCUCGAUGCCUUCCGCGUGUGCUCGGCCAUCCUGCUGUGCAUAGCCAGCGUGCCAGGUGCGACGGAGAGCGACUACCUGGUGGACGAUGUGGAGCUUCCACACGAGAGCACAUCGGAGGAUGUGAGGCCCGCAGAGAAGGAGAAGCAGGACCGCGAAAGCGAGGAGAAGGAGGACACCUCGAUCAAGAUCACCUUCGUGAGCUGCGCCACGGGUGCUAGUAGUACAUCCGCUAGCCCAGAGAGGUCACUAGAUGACGAGAAGGAGGAAUCUGGGCAUCUCAUAACAGAGGUGACGCCAUCUGGUGACGCUGAAAAGACUUUAAAGGGAAUAUGUCCUGAUGAUGAUCAAGAGCGGCAGGUAAGCGCGCCGUCGUCACGGCGACCGCCGCCCACGAUGUGGCUCGGCUCGCAGAGCGGCAGUGUGUAUGUUCACUCGUCAAUGUCGCAGUGGAAGCGGUGCAUACAUUCGGUGAAGCUCAAGGAUUCGGUUCUGGCAAUCGUCCACAUCAAGGGAAGAGUGUUCAUAGCUCUGGCCGACGGAACUGUUGCGGUGUUUCACCGUGCGUCCGAUGGUCAGUGGGACCUGAGCAGCUACCACCUCAUUGACCUUGGGCGACCUCACCACAGCAUCCGCUGCAUGACCGUCGUCAUCGACAACAUCUGGUGCGGAUACAGGAACAGGGUGCACGUCGUCAAUUCAAAGACCCUCGAAGUAGAGAUGUCGUUUGAUGCGCACCCACGUAAGGAGAGUCAGGUGCGUCAGAUGUCGUGGGUCGGCGACGGCGUGUGGAUCUCGAUCCGGCUCGACUCGACGCUGCGUCUCUACCACGCGCACACGCACCAGCACCUACAGGACGUCGACAUCGAACCCUACGUUAGCAAGAUGCUCGGCACGGGAAAGCUCGGCUUCUCCUUUGUGAGGAUCACGGCACUGCACGUCUCCUGUAACCGGCUGUGGAUGGGCACCGGCAAUGGCGUCAUCAUCUCCGUCCCCCUCUCUGAGAGCAACAAGCAGCAGUCGAGCGGUGGGGUCGGGAAGCCUGGUGGAGUUGUGCGCGUGUACAGCGACACUCGCACGGACAGCGUCAAGCCGGGAACGUUUGUGCCUUACUGCUCGAUGGCACAGGCUCAGCUGUCCUUCCACGGACACCGCGACGCUGUCAAGUUCUUUGUGGCCAUCAGAGAGGGUGAUAACAAGAACAUGGACUUGAUGGCAACUGGCAGCAACAAGGAACUGUCGAGCAAGAUGUCUCUGAGGAGGCACAUGCUGGUGCUGUCCGGGGGAGAGGGUUAUAUCGACUUCCGAAUAGGUAUAUAUACAUAUAUACACAUCUACACACGUGGUGGGAAGUGGAAAGAAGAGGGUUAGGGUUGUGAAGAAAAGAUGGUUAGGGUCAGUAUGUGUGGUCAGGGUCAGGGUCAGUAAUAAAGAGCGGUGGGUUAGGGUCAGCAUGUGCGAAGACAGGAAGGAAGUUGAUAAAAAGAAGGUACAGAGAAAAAAGAAAAUGUAUAUACAAGAGGAGAGUAGUAUGAUGACAAAUAUGUGGAUUAGAAGGCUAGGAGUAAGAUAUUGGGAGUAAGAUAAGGAAGUAAUUAGAAGGGUCUCAGAGUUGUUAGUAACCUCUU